GAGUCAGAGUGGCAGCUGACACACGCGGAGAGAGACAGAUGGAGAAAGUGAAAGAAUCCUGAGGAGAAAACACGGGAAAACCGAGAGAGGAGCGUCCCGUAGAGCAGUGAUAGAGGGUUGGGACGAGGAAGAGGAAGAGAGAUUGAGAGAGGAGGAGUGGAUGGUAGAGAGCCGGAGACACAGCGCGCGGGAGGGAGAAAGAUGGCCUCGGUAACGGCGGAGAAUGGCUUCAGCACCGCGGACAGCUCCGGUAGAAUGAACGGACUCAACAGCGCGAUCCCGAUGAAAGAUCACGACGCCAUCAAGCUCUUCAUCGGUCAGAUCCCGCGCAACCUGGACGAGAAAGACCUCAAGCCUCUGUUCGAGGAGUUUGGAAAGAUCUACGAGCUCACGGUGCUCAAGGACCGGUUCACCGGGAUGCAUAAAGGAUGUGCCUUUCUAACGUACUGUGCCAGAGAGUCAGCGCUGAAGGCCCAGAGCGCUCUCCACGAACAAAAGACUCUUCCCGGGAUGAACCGGCCCAUCCAGGUGAAACCGGCCGACAGUGAAGGACGAGGAGAAGACCGGAAGCUGUUUGUGGGCAUGCUGGGGAAGCAGCAGUGUGAAGAAGAUGUGCGGCGGUUGUUCGAGGCGUUCGGACAGAUAGAGGAGUGCACCGUGCUGCGGGGGCCUGAUGGGGCCAGUAAGGGCUGUGCUUUUGUAAAGUUUUCCAGUCAUGCAGAAGCUCAGGCUGCGAUUAACAGUCUCCACGGUGGACAGACGAUGCCGGGUGCGUCCUCCAGUCUGGUGGUGAAGUUUGCAGACACUGAUAAGGAACGGACUCUGCGCCGGAUGCAUCAGAUGGCCGGUCAGCUCGGCAUCUUCAGUCCCAUGACCAUCCAGUUUGGAGCGUACGGAGCUUACACACACGCUCAGAUCCUGCAGCAGCAGCAGGCUGCGCUCAUGGCAGCGACGCAGGGCUCGUAUCUCAACCCCAUGACUGCGAUCGCCGCCGCUCAGAUGCAGCACAUGGCUUUCAACGUCAACGGCCUGGUGGCUGCCCCCAUGACGCCGUCUUCAGGCACCAGCACUCCUCCAGGCGUCAGUGCCUCCGCUGUGCCCAGCAUCACAGCUCCUCUCGGGGUGAACGGCUUCAGCGCUCUCCCUCCCCAAAGCAACGGACAGCCCUCCUCCGAACCCAUCUACACCAACGGCAUCCAUCCGUACCCAGCGCAGAGCCCGACGCUGGCCGAUCCUCUCCAGCAGGCGUAUGCCGGCGUGCAGCACUAUGCAGCAGCCUAUCCUGCCGCUUAUGCGCCAAUCAGCCAAGCGUUUCCCCAGCAACCAGCCAUCAUCCCCCAGCAGCAGCGUGAAGGACCCGAGGGGUGUAACCUGUUUAUUUACCACCUGCCGCAGGAGUUCGGCGACGCGGAGCUCAUGCAGAUGUUUCUGCCCUUCGGCAACGUCAUUUCUGCCAAAGUCUUCGUGGACCGAGCAACCAAUCAGAGCAAGUGUUUCGGAUUCGUCAGCUUUGAUAACCCGUCCAGCGCUCAGGCGGCUAUUCAGGCCAUGAACGGCUUUCAGAUCGGCAUGAAGAGACUCAAAGUCCAGCUGAAGCGGCCGAAAGACGCCAACCGGCCGUACUGACCCUGAACUGACCGCUCACAGAUUGAAGGACUACAACCCCUAAUUUCCACAAGUGCAGUAUCAAAAAACUUUUGCUCUGCUACAUAUCACAGGAAAAUCACUGAGAGCUGGAAAAACAGGAGGAUUUUUUUUUGCCAACUUUAUUCUUUUUUCACUUCGGCGAUUGCAGGAUGCUUUUUUUUUUGCAUUUUGCAGAGACUGAAUUUUUUGCU